CUGCCUCCUCCCCCCUGCUCUGUCAGCCUCCAGCCUGAGUAACCAGAAGGGAGCUGAGCAGAGCUCAGCAGGCUGGAUCAGCACGGACAGGAGGAGAGCAAGCUGCCUCCCACUCCCAAUCACAGCAGAAGGAAUCUCCAUCCCCACAUCUGAUCAUGGCAGACACAGAGCUGGUCCAGUUCGCUGCCUUGCUUGAUGACCUCUCUUCAAACAUCACCCCAGAGGACCUGAGCCAGCUGAAGUUAGCCUGUAAGGAGGACAUUCCCAGUGACAGGAGCCAGGAGCUGACCGGCUGCAAGGAGUGGUUUAAUUUCCUGGAAAAGCACGACAAACUCUCCAAAGAUAACCUCUCAUACAUCGAGCACAUCUUCGAGAUGUCGAGGCGCCCGGACCUCCUCACCAUGGUGGUCGAGUACAGGACUAAAGUCUUAAAGAUCUCGGAGGACCAGGAGGUGGAGUCAAAGUUCACACGGAUCCCCAGUGCUGUCAAGUACAAAGAUGUUAUCCGCCAGCCCUCAGAGGACGAGAUUAUCAAACUGCAGCUGCCUCCAAAGAAAGUCUGAGCGUCGAUGACAAGCUUUGUCCUAGAAAGGGAGA